GGCUCCGCCUGUCAGUCAGACUUUGAACUGUGCACUGGCGCUCAUCACCGCUUAUCUGCGACCGCUGCCUGUCAUCAAAGACGCUGCUGCUCACACUCAUCACCCGCCAGUUCACAUAUAUAGAUUAGGAGGAACAGAUGCUGAGAGUAAACCAGAGGCCAGUGUCGUAGGGGACCGAGCCGGAGAUUAGACGUUAGCUGCGCUACUUAACGUCCAACGGUUACUCGGGGAGUUGCGAUGGUCCAGUCCAGGGAUAUUUUCUUAGCUUUGCUACUCGUGGGCUGUGCAGUUUCACUGGACGUGCAAAUCACACCAGCACAUGGGGAAAUUAGUCUUGGAGAGUCCAAAUUCUUCGUGUGUGAAGUUAUAGGCUCUGCAAAGCACAUAUACUGGUUUGGCCCAAAUGGGGACAGGAUAGAGCCGAACAGACCAGAUAUAACGGUAACUCGUAAUGAUGAGUCAUCCUCCAUCCUCACACUUUAUAAAGCCGGGACUGAAAACGCUGGGACCUACAAGUGUGUUGCCACCAGUGGAGACCGGCAAGGGGAGUCGACCGUCAAAGUGGAGAUCUUCCAAAAAAUCACUUUCACAAAUGCACCCUCCCCUCAAGAGUUUACUGAAGGGGACAACGCCAACAUAGUUUGUGAUGUCAUCAGCUCACCUCCACCGACUGUCCUCUGGAAAUAUAAAGGCUCCAAAAUACAGAUGGAAAAAGAUGUUCGGUUUAAGGUACUAAGCAACAAUCACCUUCAGAUCCGAGGCAUAAAGAAGACGGAUGAGGGGUUGUACACAUGUGAGGGUCGCUUGAUGGCCCGCGGCGAGAUUGAUCUACGUGUCAUCAAGGUCGUUGUAAACGUGCUCCCAACCAUCCGAAUUUGGCAGGCGGAAGUUAAUUCCACUGCAGAUGUGGGGCAGCCUGCCGUCCUGACGUGUGCUGUUGAUGGCUAUCCUGAACCCAUGGUCACCUGGACAAGGAAUGGGGUCAACCUCGACGCAGGGGACAAGUACGGCUUUAACGAAGAUGGUUCGGAAAUGACAAUAAUGGAUAUUACCAAACUGGAUGAAGGAGAAUACACCUGCAUUGCCAAGAACAAAGCUGGAGAGGCUGAUCAGGAGCUCAGCCUCAGAGUGUUCGUUAAACCCAAAAUCACUUACAUUGUAAACCUGACCACUUCAGAGAUGGAGGAGCAGGUAACACUGACAUGCGAGGCAUCAGGAGACCCCACCCCCACCAUCAGCUGGAGCUAUGGUGAGCACGUCUUCAACGAGGGAGAGCAGGCACAUCUAAACAGGAUCUAUCAGGCAUCAUGGACUCGGCCUGAACAACACAAGAGCCUGGAUGGGAAUGUUGUGGUGAGGAGCGACGCUCGUGUGUCCUCCCUCACUCUGAAGUAUGUGAAGUAUACAGAUGCUGGCCAGUACCUCUGCACAGCGCGCAGCGCCAUCGGAGACGAUGAUCAAGCAGCUUAUCUGGAGGUUCGCUAUACUCCCAAGAUCCAUGGAACUGUGGCGGUGUAUACCUGGGAGGGAAAUCCUGUCAAUAUCAGCUGUGAAGUCAAAGCUUUUCCCACCGAUGUGUCUAUGACGUGGCUGAGGGAUGGACUGCAGCUUCCUAACUCCAACACCACCAAUAUUAAGAUCUUCAGAACUCCCUCAUCCAGCUUCCUGCAGAUCACCCCUGAGUCUGAAAACGAUUUCGGGAGCUAUAACUGCACUGCCUCAAAUGAGAUGGGCACAGAAUCAAAGGAGUUCCUGCUCAUUCAGGCUGAUGUUCCAUCUGCUCCAGCCAUCGAUGAGGUGAGACCCUUCUCCACCACUGCACUGAUCCAGUUUGAGCAGCCGGAAUCUACCGGGGGCGUGCCUGUCCUGAAAUAUAAAGCUGAGUUGAGGAUGCAGAGCAGAGGCAGCUGGGUGCAUGAAGUCUACGAGGCCCAAGACGGCUCCAUGAACGAGGUGACAAUCACAGGCCUGAAGCCGGAGACAAGCUACGAAGUGAAGUUAUCGGCCAUCAAUGGCAAGGGGGAAGGUGAAAGAAGCCGCGGCGAAUUCUUCAAGACGGAGCCUGUCCACAACACUUUAGAUUUUUUCUCUGAAGGCGCAGGGAACCCCAAUCCUCCUAAACUUGAAGGGGCGCUGCAGCCUAAAGGCAACUCCCUCAAACUCAGCUGGAUCAAGCAGGAUGACGGCGGCUCUGCCAUCUUACACUUUCUUGUCCGCUACAGACCAAUGCAGUCGUCAGAAUGGAAACCUGAAAUCCGCCUGCCCAGUGGCAGCGAGCACGUGGUCCUGAGUGGGCUGGACUGGGACACAGAGUACAACGUGUACGUGGUGGCGGAGAACGAGAAGGGGAAGUCUCAGCCCGCAACAAUGUCCUUCAGGACGUCCUCCAAGCCAGAAGCCAUCCCAGCAGAUAUGGGCGAGGAGACAGCUCUCUCUAUGGGCGUUAUGCUCUGGGCAGGAAUCCUCGUCGUGGUGUUUCUGCUCCUGCUGCUGGCUGUGGACGUCACCUGCUACUUUGUCAACAAGUGCGGCCUCAUCAUGUGCCUUUGCGGUAAAUCAGGCACGGGAACAAAAAGCCACAAUUUGGAGGAGAGAUCGGCAGCCUUUGUGAAACAUGAGUCCAAAGAGCCGAUAGUGGAGGUGAGAACAGAGGACGAGUGCACAGCCAACCAUAACGCAGCGGUAAUAACAGAGCCCAACGAAACCACACCGCUCACAAAGCCAGAGCUGGUGGCUUCUCUGGCACUGGACACCCCCUCCUCCGUAGCCACCAACUCUGACACAGCCACUGCAACAAAUGACCCCGCUCAAGACAGCCCCUCUAGCGAGACCACUACCCUCACUUGCAGCCUGUCCACCCCGGCCAACGAACCCUCGCCCACCCCUCUCGCCGCUCCGGCCCCGUCCCCAGACUCCAGCACGGCCCCGCCUACUCCCACCAUCUCCUCCACCGCCGUCGAAGCUAAAAUGGCCCCCUUGCUUGAACAGAGAGGAAGCAUCACCCCAGAAGAGCAGGAGAAGAUAAACACUCCUCCUUCUCCUCCUCCAGAGCAGGCCAUACCUCUAAAAUCUGAAAUUCCGAUACCACCGAAGCGCAGACACUCUCCUAAACUCGCUGCUCUGAAUGCUAAAAGUAGCCCCCCGGUUUCCCCUCUCGCUGCUUCUCCACCGCCCCCUACCGUAUCCAACACCAGGAAACCAGCCCCGAGCCCCCCGGUCACCAAGAUCAAUGCACAGCCAGUCACCCUAAACACAGAGGUAACACAAACUGCCUCCUUUCAACCAACCACCGCCCCUCCCAAACCAGACCUAGAUACUAAACCUGCCGCCCCAGAUUCCAGUGUGGGGGCCAAACCUGUCGCUGACAGCUUUCCUUCAAUGAACCCUAGUAUUCUCAAAGAACCCAACGACCAAACUCCUCCCCCUCUAGUUGCAGAUGCUCCCACUCCUUUACCAAUCACUCAGAUUUCCUCCGCAGUCCCCAAUGAUUUCCUCGCACCAGUGUCGGAUGUGCAUGAAUUUACAUCCCCGGCCCUGGGGCCCAAUAGAGUCGAUUUAGCAUUAGAACUAAGAAACGGCACAAGAAGACCCUCCUCCCGGCCCCACUCAGACCUCAUUAGCUUAGAGAGCCCGCCCGCCGCCCCCUCUCUGCCUAAUGGAGACGAAGCAGGCCUCCAUUCACGCCCAGUUGUGGAGCCAUCAGAGACUCUGGCCAAGACCACUCCUCCUGUCAACGAUGAGAAGAUUUUUACUGACGACAAGGGCAAACUGGAGGAGGCAGCCUUACCAAAUACGUUGAUCACUGCCGCACAAAACAGUGUCACGCAGACAAAUACCACCGAGAGCAAAGUAUGAUGGGCCGGUACGAUGACCCCAGCCCACCUCAAAACAUUUUGCAGCAGCGACAAGAGAGAAACACUGCAGGAGUUUUGAUUUCCAGUGCCCUUAACAGCGUAUUCAAAAACAACCCGCGCAUGUCGAUUAGCUAGAGCACACUUUAACUGUGCUUUCAUUUUCUGUUUCAUGCAUCAAAAACUUUAACACAUCCAAGGAAUUUAUUUUUAGGUCAUAAGAGAUUUAUUUUAUUUUUUGGAUCCUAUUUUAUGUUCUUAAACCCAUCAGGAUGGUUUAGAUCAAUAUAUUUAUUAUUGCCAGUUAAAGGAAUGAGAUUCUUCUUGUGCUUAAUUUGAUCUGCAAUUGCAUACAAGUAUUGGAUUAUUAUAGGUGUAAAAUAACUGACUAUAUUGAAAAAAAGUAUUUUUUUUAUUUUCAUGUUCUACUGUGCAAAUGUAAAACUGUUUCCAUUUUUUUUAAUUUGGCUUCCUUUGUGGGGCUAUAUCCUUAAAUGGCUUGUUAUGCAUGUCUGACCUGCAAGUGGUUGUAAAGUUUUUACAAUUUAUUUCACUUUGUCUGUUACAGGGAUGGUUGGUCUCCCACAGAUAUGACAAAACACAUAAAACAAAGGCCAGAGUUUAGUGUUUGGAUUUAAAAAAAAUACCAAAUUAACUCGCAGUUAGGGAGAGAGAGAGAGUGAGGGAGUGCAUCAUCCGAUCUGAUUUGGACCAAUUUAGGAUCAAAUUAAUUCAGUCUGUCACUGCCUUACCAUAGUGCUGUUACAAUAUUCACUAAAUGUAUUUGAUCGACAAAAAAAAAAGGAAACUCAUUGAACACAGAUGUUCACAGAAAAACAAACAACGCCUGCAGAACUGCUGACUCUCAGCCAAGGGUUGAAGAACUUUGGAUCAAGCGAACGUCGUGCGAUCUCGAGCUAAAUAUACAUCACCCAUUUGUGCGGGGGAUAACAACUAUGUUAGCGAAAGUUUUUAUAGUUCUCCUCCUCACAUAUAUGCAGAUCAAAGCUCUGGCUUCAUAGUCUGGGUUGUACUUUGAAGCAAAAAGGAAAAAAAAACCUCUAAAAAGCCUUUUUUUUACUAUUUAAAAACUAGAAAGGUUUCUUUUCCAUUCCUGCCUGCGAGCUUGUGCACUGUGCCUGUGUGUCAGUAGAUUGUCUUGUCAUCAGUUUCUAUGAUAAUCAGCAUAGCUUUGUCGUGAGGGAUUUAGACUAUUCCUUUUAUUUGAUGUAUUAUUAGAACAAAAGUACAAUAAGUGAACUAAUGUGGUCAUUAUAACACGUGUAGUGUAUGAAAAACGUCUGUUUCUGGUCACAGCACAAUAUAUUGCCAGCUAUAGUGAAGGAGGGUGUUUUUUGAGCCUUGGCAUGAAUUCAAUCAGUACUUCAUAACGUAUAACUACAAGGCACAUGGAUGUGCCUGUGUUUGAACGGGAAAACUGUUCUCGUGUUGACUUAAUGAGUGUUACUUGCAGGGCUUGCUCUGGCAUAAUUACACUGUUUUUUUGUUUUAUUUUUAUCCCCUGGUUGUUCUUAUAGUGUUCUGUAAUGUGGUCUUUGAAUCUGUUUUUUUUUUCCUUUUUUUUUUAUUUUAAUUUUUGUUUUUGUCUUUUGUAUGAAAAAAAAGAAAAACUCACUCACCAAAAGCUUGACUGCUUGACAAGUUCAGGAUACCACUGGCAGGCAGCAGGGUGGUCUGCCUAAAACAGAAGAACCAUCUUUUUUUAAAAGCUUUAGAUAAUAGGUGUGAUGUCAAGAGAAACAUGGAUUUUAAGUGUAAAAGAACACAAACCUGAGCUUUACUCUCCUUGUACUCCUCUGCCGUUAACAGACCACCUUGCUCUCUCGUCUCGGGACACUCCUUUUUGGCUUUAUUGGGUCAGAACUCAGAAAAUAUCUGUUGUGUACAGUCUGAGUGAUAACCCAUUUGCAAAAUAAAAAAAAAAAUGGUU